UCGGAGCGCACAGCCUGCGGGUUAGGUUGUGAGGCCCGGGCCGGGGGUGGGGAGGAGUCGAGGGUUUCGGAGCGAGCUCUGCGGCCGGGUGAUUCGGGGCGUUCGGCGCGCCCUUCCCCGAAGCGGCAGUGGCCGGGCUGGGAGCAGGGAGUGGGAAGCGACGGCGCGGCUGGAAAAUGCCGGUCCAUUCCCGAGGCGAUAAGAAGGAGACGAAUCAUCACGAUGAGAUGGAGGUGGACUACGCGGAGAACGAGGGGAGCAGCUCCGAAGACGAGGACACCGAGAGCUCGUCGGUCUCCGAGGAUGGGGACAGCUCAGAAAUGGAUGACGAAGACUGUGAAAGGAGAAGAAUGGAAUGUCUAGAUGAAAUGUCCAAUCUUGAGAAACAGUUUACAGAUCUCAAAGAUCAACUUUAUAAAGAACGGUUGAGUCAGGUGGAUGCAAAGCUCCAAGAGGUCAUAGCUGGUAAAGCACCAGAGUAUUUGGAACCGCUGGCAACUUUACAAGAAAAUAUGCAGAUCCGCACGAAGGUCGCAGGCAUCUAUAGAGAGCUCUGCCUGGAGUCUGUGAAGAACAAAUACGAAUGUGAGAUCCAGGCUUCCCGCCAGCACUGUGAGAGUGAAAAGCUUUUGUUGUAUGAUACAGUCCAGAGUGAGCUUGAGGAGAAGAUAAGAAGGCUUGAGGAGGACAGGCACAGCAUCGACAUCACCUCAGAGCUAUGGAAUGAUGAGCUGCAGUCCAGGAAAAAGAGGAAGGAUCCUUUCAGCCCCGACAAAAAGAAGCCCGUAGUUGUUUCUGGUCCGUAUAUCGUGUAUAUGCUGCAGGAUCUUGAUAUCCUUGAGGACUGGACGACGAUCAGGAAGGCAAUGGCUACAUUGGGUCCACACCGAGUUAAAACAGAACCACCUGUGAAACUGGAAAAACAUCUGCACAGUGCUAGAUCUGAAGAGGGAAGACUGUAUUAUGAUGGUGAAUGGUAUAUACGUGGCCAGACAAUCUGCAUUGAUAAAAAAGAUGAAUGUCCUACAAGUGCUGUGAUCACAACAAUUAACCACGAUGAAGUUUGGUUUAAGAGGCCGGACGGAAGCAAAUCCAAGCUUUACAUUUCACAGCUACAGAAAGGAAAAUACUCCAUUAAACACUCGUAAUCACAGUUUAAGUGUUGUCCAAAUCCACCUUGUUAGUGUUACCACGUGUGAUGUGCCAUGGGAGCCCAGAAAAUGUAUUCAGCAGCUGAUCUCUUCAUCCAGUCACGAGAGAAUGUGUCUUUUAGGUAGCACUCUAAGUAGACCCCAUGUUGGUAAGCCAUUAAGAAAGCUAGUGAUCAAAUGGAAUCACGACCAUCCCAUUUAUUUGCCUCUUAGGACCAGUGGCCGCCAGGUAUAUUUGGUAGGUAUUUCUUCCCAGUUUGGUUCAUUUGGUGUUUUAAUUAUGUGAGUGUGUCUCAUCUUUUAGUGAACUACAAACUGCAGUGCCUGCCGUUUGAAAUUGCCCCCACCUUUGUCGCUCAUUGUGUUUGUAAAUAAGACUGAUGAACUGUUUCCUGUACAUGAGUUGUGUUAGUGCAUAGUUUGAAUCAGGAUGGAAAUUUAUACAUAGGUCAGUGAGUAUGUAUAUAUGGCACCAUCAGCUUGCUUAGAACUGGUGGCCCAGCUGUACAAUCUUGUUUGACCCCAAAUUAAGCUGUUGGGCUUGAGAAGUAAAGGGAGCACUUUUAUAGACUAGAUUUCCUUCGUCCUUGACGGUGGCGACCUCUUCUCCGGAUCAUAUUUGCAGUUUAUUAGUAGCCCUGUGGCAAGUGUGAACACGCUGCUGCCUGGGUUUAUCGAGGCUGCCGGAGGGCAGGCGUCCCUGCCUGGUGCAGCUGACGCACAGUGUCAGCAGGAGGGCGCCGCCGCCGCUGUGGCGCUUUCUGCACAUGGAUGGCUGUGCAUUUGAAGAGUUUAGGAAACAUUUUCCAGAGGCAAAACUAGAUCCUAAUUCUAAUUUUAUUGCUAGGGUAAAGUAGAUGUGGACACUUCCUUUGAAUCUAGCCCACCCCCCAUUAGCAUUUUAAAAAAAAAUCUUCCAUGUUUUUAUAGUAAGGCCAUUUGGUGCAAUUUAGAAAAUGUUGGCCUCCCUUCCCUUAGCCACAUCCAGAAUGAACUUCUAAAGCCUCUGGAAGCAGGUAGAAAAUGGAAGCCUGCAGCCCGGCAGCCCCCAUGGCUGUGGUGGGUGUUAGGUACAACCAAGCCAAGUAUUCUGGUGGUCUCGUGCACUUUAAUUUCUGUUACAAUGGUGUUUAAGCGGACGAGGGAGAUGGACUUAUUAACACUCAGCGAAGGAGUCUCUGCAUGAUUCCGUUAGUUCCUUACGAUUUUACCUCUGCAGAUGCCCUGUGCAGGUCACUACUUCCCAGCUGCCAAAUUGUACCGCGUUCGACUUUUGAAUUCAGUGUCAGCAACAUUGUGCUGCUCCGCUCUGAUUCUGAGCCACCUUAGUGGCUGUACGCACUGUCGCAAUCCAGGGGCGUUCGGCAGUGCGUAUACAUAUACAUACAUAUAUAUAUAUAUAUGAUGUUUGAUAAACAUUUUUAAUGAGAUUUGUAUUUUUAAAUUGAGUGUGUAAUAAAAAGAAGUGUUUGCGUGUC